AACUUUCGAUUCGUUUGUACUUGCGAAUCGAUUCAUUAGACCUAUUAAAAAUAUUUCAGACAGAACCGAUUCACCCAAAACGGUUCGUCUCUGAUCAGUGCAAUCCGCCCCCACCUAGAAGGAAGGACGGAGGGAAGCAGCGCUCACACACUCGAGAUGGCAAAAGCAGAUCAGCGUUUCGGACAAAGAGAUGGCUCAGACCAGAACUUUGACUACAUGUUCAAGCUCCUCAUUAUCGGCAACAGCAGUGUGGGCAAAACCAGCUUUCUAUUCCGAUAUGCAGACGACUCUUUCAGCAACUCGUUUGUCAGCACCGUUGGGAUUGACUUUAAAGUAAAAACUGUCUACCGCAAUGACAAGAGGGUCAAACUCCAAAUCUGGGAUACAGCAGGUCAGGAGCGUUACAGGACCAUCACCACUGCUUACUAUAGAGGAGCAAUGGGCUUCAUUCUCAUGUAUGACAUCACCAAUGAGGAGUCGUUUAAUGCAGUACAAGAUUGGGCAACCCAGAUUAAGACCUACUCUUGGGACAAUGCUCAGGUUAUUUUAGUUGGAAAUAAAUGUGACAUGGCUGAUGAGAGAGUGAUACCUGUAGAGAAAGGCAAGCACUUGGCUGAUCAACUUGGCUUUGAAUACUACGAGGUGAGCGCCAAGGAAAAUAUCAACGUCAGACAGGUGUUUGAGCGUCUGGUGGAUAUCAUCUGCGUGAAGAUGUCUGAGCGAGUGGACGUAGACCCGUCCAUGGUCAGUGGAGCCAAGGCCACUCGGCUUAGUGACAAGCCGACGCAGCUACCUCAGAAUUGCUGCUGAUUUAGCCUGUUUACACUGCUGUCACAUGCUAGACUAUUGUGCUGAUCCUGUCUUUUCAUCUGCUUUCCAUUUCCGUCAUUUCAUCCAGUUUAGUUUUUUUAUUCCUUACAUGUAGUUUACUGUUACUACUAUAACGUCACUUUAAGCACACCUCUAACUAAGGGUCAGAGUGAGGGACUCUCUCAAUGCAGGGACUCCACCAAAGCACAAAAAAGCACAUGCUCACUGCCAGACACAUAUACAGACACACAUAUCUCACAUGACUAAAUCAGACCUCAAAGGUGCUUAAAGAUCACCUAACACAAUCUCUUUGCUUCGUUUCUUCAACUGUUGCUCAGUAAAAGACCAAAAUGUGACCUAGACUCACACAAUUGCAGAGUGGCCAUAACAGUCAAAUAUUAUGCACAAUAAUAGUCUGUGGUUUCAGGGUGGUUUUGAUGUUUUGUUUUUCUUUUUUAACCUUUGUAGAAACACAGGCUGGUGGGUUCUUAUAAAUUUAUUUCACUGCCAAAAGUCAAGAGCACAAAGUUUUGAAAAAAAAUCACUCACCUUACACCAGGAGAUUGUGAGGUUGAAUCUGCAUACCAUGCCACAGCGAUUCAUGAUCGAGAAUCUGACCAACCAUAAAUGACCAUCUCAUUAGCAACUGUGAGCAUCUGUGACGGGCCAGAACACGCAAAUACCACUUUCCUCCUAAUAUGUUCCGCUGCCAUGUGACAAUACAUGAGCAGUAGUUAAAAAAAUGUCUCAGAGAAAGCACUUGCAAGUUUUCAUCCUAAUUAUGUUAAAAACAAAUCACAUUCAGAAAACGUGAAUGAAUUUCAUCCUGGUCACUUUCAAACAUAAUUACGGUCAUAUGUCUUCAUUGCCUGUGAGCAUUUAUUGUUCUUGAUACUGAUAAUUGACCACUCCAACUGCCCAUCGUCAGCAGUUUUGUAUCAGAAUUGGAGGAGCUUAUAUGUAGAUAUCCUCCAACUAUUAGAUUGUAGGGAGGCUGAAACCCAUUCUGAUUGGCUGAUGACUUUUAGUAGUGUUGUACCAAAGCAUGAAAAAGGAAAUCUAAACAAAUGAGCACAGUAUAUGUGAGAAGGAUGAAUUUAACUUGUCCAUGUACAAAUGUAUUGUAUGAGAGUUAGGUUAACUCAUUAUGUAUCUAGAGCUAACACCUCCUAAAGCUAGCGUGCUCUACAUUUUUUGGCAAUACAAUAACACCAUAGGUUCCUUUGAAUACCUAUAAUGGGCACAAUAAAAUGUGUGGUUUUGGACAUAUGGAGCACUUUGCAAAUGUUCAAUAUAUCAUGAUAGAUCAAAGGUAGUUUAGUACAUGCAUGAAUCAAGCUGAUUAGCCUACAAGUAGUUUUACGAAACAAAAAUCAAAUCCCUACAUGAUCUCUUGCAUAAAAGUGAGUAUUUUUUUGUGUGGACUGUAUAACUAUAUAUUUGAAUGUUUUGUGUGUGUGUGUGUGCGCGCGCGCGCGCGUGUGUGUGUAUGCGUGUGUGCGUACUGACCAUAUUGAGCCGUAAAGUGAAAUUCAGGUCAUUACUGCACAUACUUAUGCUUCAUCUACAGUGACAACACAUUAAAAUAUAUUUAGAGAUGCCAGUAUAAGUGUAUUGUAAAACUUGUGCCACGACUGAUUUAUAUUUCAGAAACGUAGCAGAUCCUUGUGGAGUUCUACAUGUAUCACAUACACUGAGUUUUCAAAUGAGUGAUGUAAGCAUUUAUGAAUAAAGUUUUAUGUAACUACUUUGAAAUUAAUUUUACAUGAGAUAUUUAUAAUUAAGAUGUUGUAAGCUAUCAAGCUGGUCUUUGCUGAGUAGAUAUUUAUUUUUAUGCUCUAAUUGAAGCUGGGAACAUAUAGAUGUACUGUAACUUUGCCAGUCAGUCUGUCAGUAAUUUUUUUUUUUCUGGUAGAAAAAUUUGCACAAGGAUAUAGAGUGAAUGUACAGAUCAUUGUAAAAGUUGAUUUUAGAUGCACUUUGUAACAAUAAAAGUACCACUCUCACCA